ACAAUUGCGGCAAAUUAAAAUGGCAGCAUCCGCCGAUCACAGGAACCCCCCAUCACAACAACAGCAGCAGCAAUUAACAGAUUCGGAUCCGGUUCAUCGAGUAAAAUUCCUCAUGCCACGGUUAAAGGAAUCACUUGCGAAUUUAAUCAAAGUAGCAGGCCAGUCUCUACGUCAGAAUGCUUUGACAGAUGAUGGAUUACGUCCUGCUGACAGUCAACAACUAAAGUUUGAGAAAAGCCUUGAGGAGUUUUAUUCCCUUUGUGACCAGAUAGAGUCAAACUUGAGACUUGCCUUGGAAAUUCAUCAGCAGAACACUGACAGCCAGAAGUUUAUCCCGUUCACAGUUAAUGUGCCGAAGGAAAACAACCAGUGGCCGGAAACCCCCAGUGCCGUCCCGUACACACAGUUCAUCUCUAUGGUCAGACAACAAAUCAGCUGUGCUAAGGAAAUUCACGAUCUCCUCAUGGAAUGCUCAAAGAAAAUUUCUGAUUGAAUGCAGGCCACUAUUCUGGCUGGUAUUCCAGAAGAAGAAUAUGGGAAUCUCAAGGCCUGGUUUUAGCAUAAAACUAAAACAAAAAGCUUGUAUGUUAGAUGCUAAAGAUACUGAUCUUUGAAAGAAGUUAAGCAAAAGUGCGAAAUGAUUGACUGUCUUGAAACCAAUCAUGCGCAAUAACUUUCAAGUGAUCAUGAAGGUCAAAGACCUCGGCCUUUGCUCAAGAUUAGAUCAAAUGUAAUACAUCAAAUGAUGCUGGUGUUUUCUUGUUGUCUACAGUAUUUACAUAUAUAUACAUGUAUUCGGUUUUCUGAAACAAAAUUUAGAUGUUGUAACAAUUGCUAGGUGGUGACUAGAAGAAAGCAGAACACUUUUGUGAUUUGUUUAAGUGAGAUCUAGAGUUUAAACAAUGAUAAUAAUGUGUUCCAAUCAUCCGAGCAUUUAAAGUAACAAGUCACUAAAAAUAUUAAUGUUGAACAGUAGUGAAUGUAAAUUGUUCAGUUAGCUCCCUUCCAUCACCUUUAUUUUGGGGGAAAGUUGAGGGAAAACAUACUGAAGCUUGGAUUAACUCAUUCACCCCUGAAAACACGUUUGAACUCUCCCAUUACAAAGGUUGGAAUAAUAGUUCAUUGUGAAGUUUCAGGGUUGAAUGAGUUAAUAUAAGCAAUGAAGGCAGAGUGGGGUGGGAGUUACAUGUUGAUGUUAUGAUCAAAAUCUUUAGUACAUGAGCUAUAGAUUUAUAAUGUGUAAGUGAUAAUUGAAUAUGAGGGUGUCUUUUUCUUUAAACUGAUUAUGUGUGAUGGUGUGUGUAAUUGAACAUUGACUGAUUAUGUGUGAUGGUGUGUGUAAUUGUAUAUUGACUGAUUAUGUGUGAUUGUGUAUGUAACCUAUAAUGUGUUAGGGUGUAUGUAAAAUGACGUGUGAGGGUGUAUACAAUUGUAUGUAUGUAAUCAAUUCAUGAAUGUUUAUUAAACUGAUAUAAACUUAACAAGAAUAAGUUAUG